AUGUCUGGUGUGUGGCUGUUCGAUAAGAAAGGUGUGGCUCGCUUGAUAUCCAAUCCUACCAGAGAAUCCUUCGAGCAAAGAGAUCCGAUAUAUCCCGGGACCUCAACCGCACCCGGGACUCGACCACGGGUCCUGGUCUACCUCCCAACCAAUCAUGUCAUCAAAUCCUAUACCGAGCUCGAGCAGCGGCUGGCUGAACUCGGCUGGACUCGAUAUAAUAACUCCAGCCAACCUCACCUUCUCCAAUUCCACAAAUCAGAGAUCUCGGCUCACCUCAUUUCACUCCCCACAAACUUCGCCCAUUUCAGGUCCUUCCAUAUGUACGACAUUGUCGUCAAAAACCGGUCCUUCUUUGAAGUACGUGAAACCUUUUACAAAAUGCUUUCUUCUCAUGUUGAAGUUGUUGAUUCAAGGACUGAUGCUGGGUUUUGA